AUGAGUGAUAACGCUGGUGCUAAGGGCCCUGAGCCUAGUGAACGAGUUGCCAUUGGUAUUACCUUUGGCAACUCCAACAGUUCCGUCGCCUACACUGUUGACGACAAGGCCGAGGUUAUUGCCAACGAGGACGGAGACCGACAAAUCCCUACCGUUAUCUCCUACGUUGACGGCGACGAGUACUACGGUGGCCAGGCCAAGGCCUUCCUUGUUCGCAACCCCGAUAACACCAUCUCCAGCUUCCGAGACUUCCUCGGCCAAGAGUUCGAGUCUAUCGACCCUACCCACUGCCACGCCUCUGCCCACCCUAAGGACGUUUCUGGCACCGUUGCCUUCUCUGUCAACGACAAGAACGAUGAGGAGGCUUCCACUGUUUCAGUCUCAGAGGCUUCAACCCGAUACCUGCGACGACUUGUCGGUUCCGCCUCCGACUACCUUGGAAAGAAGGUCACCUCCGCCGUUGUUACUGUUCCCACAAACUUCAGCGAGAAGCAGCGAGAGGCUCUGAUCAAGUCCGCCAACGAUGCCGGCCUUGAGAUCCUCCAGCUCAUCUCCGACCCUGUUGCCGCUGUUCUGGCUUACGAUGCCCGUCCUGAGGCCACGGUUGAGGAUAAGAUUGUUGUUGUCGCCGACCUUGGCGGCACCCGCUCUGAUGUUGCCGUUGUCGCCUCGCGAGGUGGCCUCUACACCAUCCUCGCCACCGCUCACGACUACGAGUUUGCUGGUGUUCACCUGGACCAGGCUCUUAUGGAGCACUUCGCUAAGGAGUUCCAAAAGAAGCACAGCAUCGACCCCCGAAACAACCCUCGCAGUCUUGCUAAGCUCCGACUUGAGUCUGAGGCUGCCAAGCGUGCCCUCAGCCUGGGCAGCAACGCCCAGUUCAGUGUUGAGAGUUUGGCCGAUGGUUUCGACUUCUCUGUCACUAUCAACAGGAUAAGAUACGAGAUGGUUGCCCGCAAGGUCUUUGAGGGUUUCAACCGACUCAUCGAGGGUGCUGUCAAGAAGGCCGGCCUGGACGUUCUCGAUAUUGACGAGGUUAUCCUGUCUGGUGGUACUUCUCACACUCCUCGCAUUGCCAACAACCUCCGUGGUAUCUUCCCCGAGUCCACCGAGAUCUUGGCCCCCGCCACCAGUGCUGCUGCCAUCAACCCCUCUGAGCUUUUGGCUCGUGGUGCUGCUCUCCAAGCCUCACUCAUCCAGGAGUACGAGGCCGCUGACAUUGAGCAGUCAACUCACCCCGCUGUGACUACCGUCAAGCACAUCUCCAACGCUAUCGGUGUUAUCACUGUCGGCGCUGAUGGCGAGGAUGUCUUCACCCCCGUUGUCGCUCCCGAGACUGCUGCCCCUGCCCGACGCACCGUCCACAUCCCUGCUCCUAAGGAGGGUGGCGACGUUCUCAUCAAGAUUGUCGAGGGUAACACUCACAUCAAGGUGACCCAGCCUGAGCCUAAGGCCAAGGGGGAGAAGGACGCUGAGGAUGACUCUGACUCUGAGGACGAGGAUUCUGAGGACGAGGAGGAGACUCGUGAGAAGGUCUGGAAGAUCGGCAGCCCCCUCGCCGAGGCUGCCAUCAAGGGAGUCAAGGCUGGUGGCAAGGUCGAGGUCACAAUUAACGUUUUGGCCGAUCUUAGCGUUACCGUCACAACCCGGGAGGUUGGCGGCAAGGGUGGUGUCCGAGGAAGCAUCUAA